AUGGUAUCAUACCAAUGCAUAUCGGCUUACAUCGCCGAUUGCUAUGCUCUUCACACUGCUUCGGCCUCGGCGGCUUGUUGCUUCAUGAGAUCCAUGUUUGCAUUCGCAUUCCCACUGUUCGUCCCGGCGUUGUUCAGGAAUCUUGGCUAUGGCCUAGGUGGGAGUUUGCUAGCCAUCAUUGCAGUGGUGAUUGGUGUGCCAGCGCCUUUGUUGCUCUGGAGAUAUGGAGCAAAGCUACGGACUCUCAGUAAAUUUGGUGUUGCUGAAUAG